AUGAAAUCAAGCUUGCAGAAAGAACUUUGGAAUAGUUACAAGUAUCUACCACAUCUGAAAGUGCUUGAACUCUGUUUUAUGGAGAACCUACUCAACACGCCAGAUUUUAACGGACUUCCAUAUCUUCAAAAGCUGAAACUCGGUUUUUGUUCCAAGUUAGAAGAGAUUCACCCAUCACUUGGAAAUCAUAGAAGUCUUGAAAAUGUAAGUGUAUUAUCGUGUUACAAGCUUAGAAUCUUACCACCAAUUGGCCAGAUGGAAAAACUCAACACACUUAUGUUAUUGGGAAAUCCAAUUGAAUUGCCGGAGAUCCAAGUUAACAUGGAAAGGUUGGUUAAUUUGACUUUGAAUAGGGCAAACAUUAAUUUUCUGGAGUCAUUAAUUGAAGAAUGUUAUACACAAGUUGAGACGGUGUUCUAUCAGUUGACAUCUAUCGUACAAAAGUUGAAUGUCAAAAGCUUACGAAAGUUGAAUCUUGGUGGCUGGGGUUUGAAAGACCGAGAAAUUCCAUCUGAUAUUGGUGAGUUAUCCAACUUGGAAGAGCUUGACCUUGGUGGGAAUGACUUUUCACGAUUAUAUUUCAGCCUCUCCAAUUUAACUCGACUCAGACUCCUCUGCCUGACAAGGUGCAGAAGUCUUGUAGAAUUGCCUGAGCUCCCAUCAAGCGUAGCUAUUCUGGAAGCAGACUAUUGUUACUCGCUUAAUUCUGUUUUAAAUAGUCACGGAAAUUGUAAAAAGUUAUAUGAAGCGUCACUUGUGGGAGGAGGUAUUAUAGUUGAUGGCAGCAGGUUACUACAAUCCAUGCUCCAGGGAAGUGAUAUUGGAAAUCACUGUAUGAUUCUCCAACUCGAAGGCGUUGAGAUUCCAAAGAGGUUAUUACCAUGGCUUGUAAGUGGGAAGACAUGCAGAUUGCAACUUCCAGAAAACUGGUGCAAUGACUUUUCUGGAUUCUUAAUGUGUGUUGCUUGUACAAGAGAUUUAAUACCACAGAAACAUAUCCGGAUAAGAAUGGAGCAGAUGAUGAGUGGCGGGUUGGGUAUGGAUUCUCAAUAUGAUGAAGAGCCUUGGACGGAGAGUGCUGAUGAUAGAAGAACAUGGGUGGGGUUUGUUUCUUUUGAUCUAUUGAAACAUACUCUAUGGUGGGAUGAAACGUAUAACACUCUUUCAUUUUCGUUUGAGGAAUCCUCGUUUUCACUUCCGGAAUUCCACAACCUAUGCAGCGGGUUUGGAAUUGGACUUGUUCCCAAGAAAAUUGGAAUUGCUUCAGCCGAAACAACAUCAAAAUGUUCUCCUGCCUUUUCUAAUUAUUCGCCCAACUUUAGGAUUGCACAUGACUCAGUUUCUGCUUUAACGAUUUCAUUUAAUAAUAAAAGUUACCUUUAG